AUGCCUAGAGCGCCGGCGAAAGGGGGAAGACAACGAGGAGUUGUGAAAGGAAGUAACCCCGACAGGUUGAGCAAUUUUCCCGACGAAGUUCUGCACUGCAUUCUCUCCUUCCUCGACACCAAGGCGGCGGUUCGAAGCGGCAUUUUGUCGAGCAGGUGGAAGUCACUCUGGAAAACGGUUCCCGUCCUCAAUUUCGACGGGGAAUCCUUCAACGACGACGAACAGAGCUUCAAGCGACAUGUGGACAGAUUUCUGUAUCUCCGUUCCACCACUUUGCACGAGGUUCGACGUGUAUCGGUCCUCAAUUGCCCUGGAUUUGAAGAGAGAUCCGAUUUGUUCACCGCUCUUUUCCUGUCGAUCUCCCGCUGCGGUCGAUCGCUGGAGACUCUGAACUUGAAAGCAGUCCGGCUCUACACCAUGGCUUUUGCUGGGCCUUCUCCAGUUUUCAAAGUGCUCACAACUUUGACUUUAGUCGAUUGCUGCUUGGACUUCUCUUGCUGGAACCAGCAGCAGGUUCGCCCUUUCGCUGGUUUCCCCAUGCUGCAGAACUUGAAGCUGAUUUCUUGCAGCUGCUGUCUCGAUGAUGAUGACGAUGAUCCUGACGCUGACGAGAAGUGUCUGAAAGUCUCCGGACGCCAGCUGCUGUGUCUGGAGAUUCAUGCCCCUUUCGGUUUCGACGAGAUUGAAGUCUCUGCUCCUAAGCUCGAGUCGUUUACUUACAGGGAUGUGAUUCGUGACUUCUCUCCAAUAACUCAAGUGUCCUUGAAUGCUCCUUCUUUAAAACAUGCUAAUAUCAUGAUGUGGGGUUAUAUGGGUUUGGAUGAUGAGUAUGUCAAGGAAGUGGCAAACCAGCAGUAUUCAGACCUGCUCCUCUGUCUCAGUAGUGUUGAAACUCUCUCCCUGCAAUUCGAAACACUUGAGGUAUUGAUCAAUGUUUGUGACUUGGUGAAGAAUCAACCGUCGCCGUUUGCAAGACUCAAGUCCGUGAGAUUGCUUUAUUCUGAAGGAGCUGUUGGCAUACCUCCCUAUGUGAUGCACUUCUUUCGUGAUGGGUCUCCUUUCAUGGAUGAAAAUGCCGUGAAGCUAACCAAGGUCACUACUUCCUCAUUCCCGUACAAUCUGCAAGCUUAAACAUGCUUGGUGAACUUCUACAAGUAAGGUGUUUGAGAGCCCUGCAAUUGCAUAGAAGGUAGAGGUCCAAGAUGGUUGCUAGGGUUUUCACCUUAAGCCAUGAGUGUACAAUAGUGGCCUUAAGGGUUUGUGUUUGUUUGUGAGAAUAAAAUGGGAGAUGAUGAGUGAACUUAUAAUAAACAAACUUUGUACCUACCAAAAAUAAUA